AUGCGAAACGAAUAUGAUUCUGAAAAUGAUAACGGAGAAAUCAUACCAGGUGAAUGGCGCACAGUAACUCCUGAAAAUGAUUGUUUUGUUGCCUUGCCAAGAGAGGUCAAUACAAAUCUGUGUCCUGAAGAUACAAGGAACGAGUUGGUUGAAUAUUUUCUCUCAGAUGUCGGAAGCUUAGAAUGGCAGUAUGAUCAA